AUGUCUCAACUAUUUCCUCGGGCACAUGAGUCUGUUCUAGAUGCACUUCCUUUUGCGAAGUUCUCGCACGCUACAUGUGCCUAUGACGUGAGCACUUUCACAUGGUGCCAUGUGAGCGGACGAGACGACCUUCGUCUAGUGUUCCACGCCGGAGGGACCGUUGAUAAACAUGGAAACCAUGUGGAAAGCCUAGUGAUGGAUAUCCAUGCCGGGGCGGAACUUCUUGAAUCACAAGACCUAGGGGAACUGGUCGAGCUUUCGAAAGGGUUUGGCUCGUCAACGGAACCGGCCCGUCCAGUCCAGGUCGUCAUCAAGUGCCCCUGUUUGGCCAUGAGGUAUCCAAAGCCGGGAAACAUUGUUCGGCGGAUUCAGUUAAGGUUUCGAAAUGAGUCUGACUUCAACAGAGCAUUGAAUGUACUGAACCACCUUGGACUUCCAACCUUGGACAAUAUUUCUGCUGAGCAAUCUAGGUCCUGCCCAGUUGCCUCACCAGUGCCUUCCAUGGUCUCGUCGACCUCAACAUCAAGUACAGGUACUAUCGUACCCUCAAUGCCGAGACUUGCCCCCCACAACAUGCCCUCAUACGAACCAGUGAAGCAAUCCUUCGACGUUCCUCCGUUACCGUUCCCUCCAUCAGAUUUCAAGGUCCCUUUUCGGGCGGAUCAUCCAUGCCCUAGAACACUAGGACCACUGGGCACAUUGCCAUUUUCUACUUCUUCCACCAUUCGGCCGGCAUCUGCGUCAACUGGACCCGCGACCCGGCAUCCCUCUUUAUACCUUUCGCAGAUUGAACAACAGCAUCGGCGAAUUUCCCAGCCAUUCAUGCAGUCAUCCAUCCUUGGUCAGUCCAAUAGUUCCAUGAGAUCGCGAUAUUUUGCUCCAGAGAGCGGAUCACAGCCAGGACAGAUGUCUGAGGAGACGGAUAGUAUGUCCCGCGCCCUAUCCACCUCCCCUUUCUUACUACCAAAGAGCAAUCCUAUUCAUUCGGAAGGCUCCCCGCUGGCCGUAGCUAGUUUUGUCAAUCCAUUCAACCAAGGAUCUAAAGCGCAGCCAGACUCCGGGAGACCAUAUUCGGCUCCCAUUACUCAACCCCAUAUUCAAAGUCUCUCGAUACCGCCAAGACGAGAGUUGCCGUUUCCGACCUCUCCGCAAAAGUCCACCCCUUCUCCUGUUUCUGCGCUCCCUCUAUUGCCAAAGCCAACACCAAUCAAAAGUACAGAAACCCCUAUCGUGAUCAGGGGAACAUCAAGUGUAAAGGAAACAACCUCUACGCAUAAACAUGUGGAAAAUCGCGUGGCCCAGCACAAGACAAUGUGUAUGACAUCGUCGGUCAAGCCACAGGACAAGAGUCUUUUAAAUAAAACAGCUCCAUUUGAGGUUUCGAAUAACGACGAGCUCGUCAGUGAAGGCCCGGCCGUGCCACAGGAAGUAGCCUCUCCCUUAGCUAUCAAAAUAACAGCUGCAUCCUCCGGACUGCCCACAACUACAACUGGACUCCAGUCGAAACCCAAAACUGUGAGAAAGCGCAACGCUGCUCCGGCUCGCCAGUCUUUAGCCACCAAGCGGCUGAAGAUGAUGGAUCAGGGUACUCAAACCCAGACCCUGUCGGGUCGUGAUCACACGGUAAUGCAAAGAUCUACACCAGCGAUUGAUGAAAAUGCUCCCACACUCUCUCUACCAUCCGCGGACCACCUAGAUACCCUUGAUAAAUUUGUCCACAAAUACAACGGCAGGCCCCGCCCCACGGAGCUUUGGGAGGCUCCUGGAUAUAUCGAAGCUAGCGAGGAACAACGUGAUAUACUCCUUGCCGACUUCGUUUGUGAUAACCUGGAUAAUCCCGAAUUUUUGCAAUUGUGCCAGGACGCAGAGAGGGCGUGGUGCAGAAUUGGCCUUGGAGUGUGA